GAGAUUUCAAAAUGACCAGUUAGCUGUUAGUUCAUUCAUGGUAGCCGAUGAGACUACUUAAUACUCAGUCGUAUUUUGCUUGUAAAAUGUGGUUUGAAAUAUGAAAUCGUAAAUUGUUAAUUGAAUAAUACAAUUUAGAACUUUUUAACGGACUUACAAAAUGAAAAUUUUAAUUUGCAUUUCUUUGUUAAUAUUCUACGUAUCUUUGAAAGGAGCUCUUUCUGAUACCGUAUGCCAGGCGAGAGGAUCGGAUGCGAUUGUUUGUGUUUGUAACGACACGUAUUGCGAUACUGUGACGAGGGAACCUCCGAUUAUAGGCGCAUAUAACACCUACACCACAUCCGAGAGCGGCUUGCGAUUCAGCAAAACUGGAGGAACAUUAAACCCGUAUAAUAAUUUAACGCAAUGUGGGACGACAUUAGUAAUAGAACCAAGAGUGAGACAUCAAAUGAUCGAGGGCUUCGGUGGGGCCGUCACUGACGCUGCCGGUAUUCACUGGAAGAGCUUGUCGCAAAACUUGCAGAAUCAUCUUAUCGAGUCAUACUUCAGCCGCAACGGUCUUGAGUAUAACAUGAUACGCGUUCCGAUCGGUGGAUCGGAUUUCUCAACUCAUCCGUACGCAUACAACGAAUUCCCGGAAAACGAUGCAACGCUAAGUAACUUCACACUAGCUAAAGAAGACUACCAGUAUAAGAUUCCAUUGAUAAAAUCGGCAAUGAGUGCCACAAAGAGACAGAUCCACAUAGUCGCUACGACCUGGUCUCCGCCACCUUGGAUGAAAACCAACAACCGGUAUUCGGGUAUCAGCAGGCUCAAACCUGAAUAUUUCCAGACCUACGCUGACUACCAUCUGAAAUUUAUACAGAAGUACGCUGAUGAAGGAAUUCCGGUUUGGGCGAUCACAACCACGAACGAACCCUUGUCAGGGAUGCUUGGCUUGGACUCUUUUAAUACUCUAGGAUGGACACAAGAUCAAAUGGCAAAAUGGAUAAUAAAUAAUUUAGGACCGACAAUUAGGAAUUCGACGCACAAAAAUACAAAAAUACUAGCUGUUGAUGAUCAGAGAAUAUCAAUACCUUACUGGUUUAACUAUAUGGUCGCAAAGAACCCGAAGACCUUGGAUUAUAUAGACGGUAUAGCCGUGCAUUACUACACAGAUUUCAUCACCCCUGCCUAUAUAUUGACAGAGGUCUCCAAAGCGUUUCCUGAUAAGUUUAUUUUGGCUACCGAAGCAUGUGAAGGAAGUUUCCCGUGGCAGAAGAAUAAAGUGGAGCUCGGUUCCUGGACGAGGGCUGCAAACUAUAUAAACGACAUUAUAACAGAUCUAAAUCAUAAUGUGGUCGGCUGGAUAGAUUGGAAUUUGUGUUUAGACGUCAAUGGCGGGCCGAAUUGGGCCAAGAACUUCGUUGAUUCCCCGAUCAUAGUUUUCCCCGAAAAUGGGGAGUUUGUGAAGCAGCCGAUGUUCUAUGCGAUCGGUCACUUCUCAAAGUUCAUACCAAGAGGUUCAGUGCGGAUCAAGGUUCAUGAAAGAAAAAGAAUCUUCUCGAAAUCAAUAGAAAAUGUAGCUUUCUUAACGCCAUACGGUACCAUUGUUGCUGUGCUUUAUAACAGAGGCAACAGAGCUUCCGUGAAAAUAAAAAUACGAACGAAAGAGAUUGUAUUAGAAUUAUUAGCAAAAUCGAUCAGUACAGUGGAAUUUCCCUAUAAAACAUAGACAUUUUAAUUUUUUUAGUAAUAAAUGAAUAAAAAUGUG